AUGCCAGAAACUGAAAGAUAUACUGAUUCCAAGAAGUGUAAUGAGGAUAGAGGAUUAAAUGCUACUUUUGGACGCAGAACUACCACUGAAAAAGAAUACACUGCAAUAUUUGUUAACUCAAAUGCCGUUGGAGCUUUGUUUUGUGAUGGUGAAGCACUGAGUCUCAAACACACAGCGGGUGUCGUCGUUGUGGAGAUCAACCUAGGAGAUGUCGUGUACAUCCGCACACACCCACAAGACCCUGUUGGAGGAGCUAUUCCUAGUGGUGGUGUUGCAUUUUACUCUUAUUUGACACAUCAUGAGAGUAAUCCAGGUCAUCACCAAACAAUCGUAUUUGACAGCGUCAUUACAAACGUCGGUGGAAACUACAAUCGUCACACGGGAACCUUCUUCUGUCCAGCAAAUGGAGUGUACACAUUUUCAUGGACUUUGUAUUGCUCUGCUGGUGGACAUAUUUAUUCAGAAAUUGUUGUUAACUCGAAUGCUGUUGGAGCUAUGCGAUGUAGUGGCGAGGGAGCAAAUACUUAUAGACACACAACCAGUGUUGUCGUUGUAGAGAUCAAUCAAGGGGAUGCAGUGUACAUCCGCACACACCCUACCAGCAGUUUAUCCGGCUAUCUGCCUAGUGGUUCUACCUACCGAUCAUCAUUCAGCGGAUGGAAACUUUUUUAA